UUUGGUCGGCUGUAUCAGUCUAAUCCCGUCCGUCAAGUGUUCCGUGUGCGAGCAAAAAUUAAACUACUGGUGACCUGCAGCGGUCUGCUUUGUGUGGUACUACUCUAGUGCAUCAGGCGGAAACGGACCAAAACUUUUUCCAACUUCGGUUCGGUGGCAGUUAACUAGAGUUUUCACAGAAACCUUGAAAACGAGUGAAAUAUGUGACAAUAUUGUUUGUAGGUUAUUUUUAAGCGAAUUCGGAAAUACCAGAAAUGUGAUUUUCGGUUGGAUAUCUCAGUACUGCUGGAGGAUAAUUGCUAUUUUCUCUAAAGGACCCAAGUGUGAAAAUUUUUCGGUACCACACACACUGACGUCACAUACAGACGUACAGACGAUGUAUUGUAGCGGGAAAGGUGGGAGGGGGAGCAGGGUGAGAUAGUGUAGUUCUGUUACCGAAAUCGGGAAGAGGAGAUUCAAUCGUCUUAUGAACGGAAGCGGAUACAUCGGGAAAAUUCGCUGUGGUUAUCGCUGCACAUAUAGAAAAGUGUUAUGUUUCUGUGGAGAGACGGUAUGCCGUAAUACUGAAUACAAUACAAUCUGUACGGAAUUACAUAAAGCUUACGAGAUUUUGCCUUUUCUUGUCGUGCCCAUGGAAACAAUUUCAUCGCACAAUGUUACCGAGAAGUGAGUGUAUGUGAGCGAGUAUAUUCGGUUUAUUCCCAAUUCCCAAGUUACAUACUGGUGGUUUCUUGGCGGAGGGUAGUAAAAGUGCAAUCGAAGUGAGAAUCUCGUGAUUCGUUCGCGUGUGUCUAGGAAACAAAAAAAAGCAAGUGCAAAAAAUUUGCGUAAAAUUGCCUCAUUGACGUCAGGUCGCGCUGCUGAAAGUAAACAACACUGACGGCGGAACGGUGAAACGGGUGCUCGCAGUUCGUACGCCGCGAGCGGUUUGAUCUCAAGCUGGAGAAACCUAAAAAAAUGCAAUCCUCGUUAGAGUCCACUGGGGUGGUUACACCGAUGGUGAUGAUGACCACGAAUAUACUCCCGGUGGUAUCGCAAAGCACCGCGGUGACAAAAGUGAACCAGAUACCUCCGCAAAGUGUCCCUCCGCCAUCCAAACCACCGGAAGUGAAGAGAAGGCUGAACGAGACACCAACAAUAACGACGCAGGGAGAGGAUCACGGUCGGCCUCCGCUCAUGAAGCAGCUUAAUAAGCUGCUUACACCGCCGGAUGAUCUCCUGCAAUGGAAGGAUAUGCCACAAUAUUUGCAGUUCAAUCCGUAUGUGCUCACCGGGUACCGGCCUCUGCAGGGUGUCAAGGGGUGCCUCAGCAGUUUGUUCUACGUACAUAACGAGACAAUUAACAUUUUAACGCAUGGAAUUCCAAUAGUGUACAUCCUGGCAACAGUUCCGGCAAUGAUGCCAUGGGAGAAAGAAUAUCGCUUUCUUUCGUGGUGUCAUCUGGUCGGUUCUGUUGCACCAUGGUGUGGUAGCUUCCUGUAUCACCUGUUCAUGAACCUGGAACGGGGUGAGGUCGUCUAUUACCGUCUGCUGCAGCUCGACAUGUUCGGGAUCUGGAUGAGCCAGAGUUUCGGUGCCCUUCCAAUGGUAACGGCUACGGUGUACUGCCUACGGUGGCCUCUCAAAUGGUUCAUUAUCCUUGCGUACUCGAUGCUGUGCAUUUGGGGUUUGUACAAGGCUCUGACGGCCUCCUCACCCUGGCAACGCAGACUCUGCUUCCUGCGGCCAUUCGCAAUGAGGAUUCUGCUAACUCUCCUGCGAAUAUCCAAUCUAGGCGGCGGCAGUCCCACCUCGCUGACACACGUUUUUCUGCAGGAUGCCGUAUCGGCAGCAGGCGGCGUAAUCGGUGCAAUGCACAUACCGGAAAAAUGGUUUCCCGGUAGUGUUGAUAUAUAUCUCAACUCGCACAACAUUAUGCACGUGCUUGUCGUCAUGGCGGUCUAUUCGAUGCAUCAGGCAACUAUCCAGGAUAUUGAAUGGAUGCGGCAGGCCGAAUGCAGCGGCUCUAAUCGAGCGCAACCAUUGAUAAUAGAUCCAAUCAACGGGUCUCACCUGGAGCUAUGACAACUUGGCCUAUCCAGUGUGCAGGGAGAUUAUCCGAAAUGUUAUGGCUGUUGGUUCCCCUACACUCACCAGCAGCCGCUCCUGGAAUUUUCUCUGAAUAACUUACGAAGUUCUUCUCAUUGAAGCACAGAACCCGGUAGAUUGAGAAAUCCACAUUGAUUGUUUUAGGUCACGAGUCGAAACGAAAUUUUAGUCCUACCGAGUGACAUUUGAUAUGAUUCAGGAACUCGUGAAUAACUGCAGCAACAUUUUUCUCGAUUUUUCCUUCUAUGUCAGAACUUUCCAAAAUAAAUUUCGUAAUAUCUACAUUUAUCGGAGUUAAAAUCAGAUGAACUGUUCUGCUGUUAUGUUCUCUGAAUCGCAAGUUAAAAGUUAAAAGUAGCACGGCAAUGACAGAUUGCGUAUUGCCUAGAUAGGGUUUGUUGCUAACGUUGAUAGUUAUUCAGUCAGGUUUAGAAUAUCUAAUGUAUCCAUUCGAUUUAAUAUGAUGAACACACAAUUUUGAACUUCUGACUUGUGAUUCGAACACAUCUAAUCCAUCCUGUUUAAUAAAUGUUGCUGAUAGUUGAGUAUAUUUUUCAGUAACAAACAAAUAUCAAAAUUCAAAACGAGUUCUGAUUAAAAUUAAGCGCUUUUAACCUAUAAGUUGAAUUCCUAUUAAUAUUUAGUAACGCUAGGUAGAUCAAUUGUAGAAAUUGCAAAGUGCCCAUUUAGCAAUCUGUCAAACUUCUAAGUAUCUCAGAUGACAAGCAAGAUUAUUCCAUACUUUUCGAAGUUGACUGUUGAAAUCAGGAAGGCUGUUUAUUUUUAAUUUGGCAGUUUUUUUAAAUGAAUGAUUAUUGAGAAACUGCAUACCCAAUUACAUGAUGAUCGAUGAAUAAAUAAAUAGAAAGUAAGAGAAUUUUGGUCACAUUUGCAAUGCUCUAUGUACGUAACGCUUGAUUAGAGCCGUAUACGUUUAUUCAAGACUGCUCUCUUACGCUUUAAAUUACUCUCACAAUGUUCUGAUGCUUUUGGGAUUUAUAUCAGGUCUUUCGAAAGAACUAAAUGUUCUGCCUGAAUAAUAAAAUUUUUCAGUUUGUUAGAUAUUAGAUCAUUAGUUACAAAUGCUUUGGAAAGAGAAAAAAAUAGUUUUUUCAAUCAGGAAAUCAUGAUCAUGAAAAAAAAGCUAUGACUCCUAAAUAUCCUAAAUUAUUUAUUGACACGCUAAUCUGCACGACCCGAAUAAGGAUGCACUAAUGAGUUCGAAGUGAACAAUUUGUGUUUUUGUACAUAAACCCUUAGGUUGAUGUCAGAGUGAGCGCGGAACGCGAUGCAAAGUGAUUCAAUGCAAUGUACUGUUUUCGGAACGCAUUCACUCUGACAGGUUUGCUUUGAUCAAGUGCACGCGCACCUCGACGCUUCGCGUGACGAUUUCACUCUGACAGCAACCUUAUAUAAUCGGCAUCCAAACUUUGAAAGAAAAACGGCAACGCUUCCCGCAGGUAACGAAUUACUUCAGAAUUUACACUUAGAGCUACAGACUCUCGUAGUAAGAAACUGACGGAUGCAAAAGUCAUACUCAAGCAAUUCAAUGUCAAAAGAUGUUGCAUUGUAAUGUGCAAGCUUGUGAGUGAAUGUAUUUUUAAUCGAUUCUUCUGUCCGAAACAAUCGUUCUAUGUGCGAGAUUUUUCUCGUUUCAAUAACCAGUUUCUUGAUAUAUAAUUAAUAACAGCGUAAUGUUUCUAUUCUGUGCGGAAACAAUUAUCAAUGAUUAGACUAUUAGACUGGUUAUUUAUUAACUGAAUAUUUUAACACUUCUUACACUUGAUAGGUUCCUUUAAUUACCUAAACAUUAGUAAUAUUUUGCGAAAAAUGAAAAAAAAACUAUGCUUCCUAACAACCAAAGUAAAGCAACAAAAUGUUUUAUUUGGUGAUCGUUUACCAGUAGUUAGCAGAAAUGAGGCGAAAUUCGAAUGCUAUUCAAAUCAAUAAAAUAUGAAAGUAUAGCAAACCACCUGCAAGCAUUUUCACUUUAUUUUCAAAAAAAUGUUAUUGUUUUGGUAUAUAUUUUUUUAAGACGAAUAACAAUACUUUUCCGUUUAAAUGUGCGAAAUGACGUAAUGGUCGUUUGGCUCCGAAAUUCGACGGAAAGUUUGGCUCUCCAGAAUAUUUCCGCCGCUCUGUUACUAUGAGAAGGGAUGCCAGGUUCCCAGAUUUUCAACUUUCUGCACAGAUUUUAAAAAUGGCUAAGAUUUUCACAGAUUUCUGAAAAUGACACAGAUUUUCAGAUAGUUUUGAAAUCGAUCACGGUUUAGCACCAAAAAGUACAGAAAAAAAGCGACCGGUUGGUAAUACUUAGACCUAUUUUUUUGCUCACCAAAAUGAUUCAGAUUCUCACAGACAGGUUUGACAUAUAACUGAAAUGUUGGACAGGUGGAUAAUAGAACUAAAAUGUCAAUUUUGUCAUAUUUUUAUAUUCAAAUUUUGAAAUUGUCAUACAAACAAAACAAGAAUGCAUGGAAAGCCAAUAAGUUUGGCUAAAAGGAAUUUCUUCCGAAAGAUUCAAAUGUAAAUACGUUGCACACUGUAAUCAUACCAAAGAUAUAACAAAAGACACCAUAUUAACAAGAUAUCCAUCUCUCACAUUUCCCGAACAAAUCAUUGGCAACAUUUUUUGUUUUACGAGUAUGACGCCCUCAGGCGAGUCCGCCUCGAAUCUAGUACAUAGAAAAAGGAAAGAGAAAUGUCAAAUUCGUGCGCGCCAAAAUAGUGAUGCUAUGCGCAGCUAUACAAUUGACAUGAUAUGUUGAAUGUGAUGCCGUGCGAUGGCGUUGCUGAACUGAAGAUUGAUUUCGCUCCAAGCUGAUAGGGUAUGACAUAACCUAACCAAGAUAUUCAACUUCCAGAUGGUGUUGCUAAACUGAUCAGCUGGAAAUAGACUGUUUUGGCAGAGCUACUUCAAAAGUCUGACAGCACUGCUACAACCGUUUCCGACAGAGAACUUCGUCUAGCGAUUCGACAUUUUCUGUUCUGUUCUGAGAUUAUAGUCUCGGAAUUUUCACAGGCAGAAUGAAAAAUCAUCGGAAGAUGUAAAAUCUGUAAUUCAUAAUACAACUUUUUUCCUCCCCUCGAUUCGGUUUCCAAUCCAAACAAAAAAUAGAAUUUCCACAAUCAAAAUAAAUGUUUGGAUUUUUGAGCUUUCAUUCAUGUGGAAUUCCGAAUCAAUGCGGGCUCCAGUGCAACAACCGAUUCCGAAUGAAUUUCGCCUCAAUCCGAUUGGUUCGGGAAUCUGUUGGAAUCGAGCGAGAAAAAGCGAGCUAAAUUAUCAAUUCGUUUUCUUCUUCUGCUCAGAUUUAGCACGUUUUCAUGCUGAUUUUUAGUUGAGUUCCAAAUAAAAAUUUUACAUAACUGAAUAUGUAAAAUUAUACCUACUUUGGAUAUACAGAACUAAUAAAUGUUCAGUUCAUCCUAGAAUUCCAGUAUAAACAGUACAAAUUUUCUGCUAUCCAACAAAAAGGCAUACCUUAGUCAGCAUCGUCCAUUCCUCCAGCUAAGUAAGUCACCUGACACAUUCAUAAAGUGAGCGAAAAUUCAAUGACAUUUAUAUUGCGAAUAUUGAUAGCGCUGAAAAUUUGGACAGGAGCUUUUUGCUCACACACUAAUAUUAGUACGAACGCCACAUAUUGUUCACAUCAGGGAUGUCAGGUUGAAGGUUUAAAAAGUUUGUGCAAUCAAACUGUUUCAGUGGCAGUGGAAAAAAUUUCAUUUUUAGAGCGCAAAAAUGAAAUUCAACUGCUCUAAGGUUGAAAAUUUCAAAAAUGUCCAUUUAACAUUUGAGUUGAAUCUCUAAGUAUCUGCAUCGUUAAUCAGAAGUCUGUAAAUUCAGAUUUAAAUCUGCAAACCUAGUUUUCAUAUGCUGGGCUUAUUUGUAUGUGUUUGCUGCGGGAAACGAACUGUGCAAAUAGUUUUCUCGCAGGAGUCUAAUCAAGUAUAAAAUGCGUCAAAUGCGGGUUGAUCGAGCACUCAGAAAUGAGCAGGAAUCAAGGAGGCCAGACUUACAGAUUAAUCUGUAUUUCACAGAUUUUCAAAUAUGCUGUACAGAGUCUAAAAUUGAUACCGAUUUUCACAAAUGUUCGAAAUUGAUCACAGACUGCCAAUGAGCCCCCAAAAAAUUUCCAUUUGCGAAGGAAAACACAGAGAAAAAACAUUCCCGACAGAGUGCUUGAAAGUGCCAAGACUUUUUCUUUUGCUCACAACAAUGAUUCCAGACUGCAAUAUUCUUAUGGGAACUAGACACAGAUUUAGCACGGAUUAGUUUUUGGAUCGGUCACAAAUUUUUGAAAUUAUGACCUGGUAUCCUUGGUAAGAAUUCAUUACUUAGUUUGUCUUUGCGACAAUGUGGGAAAUGACGCCACUUUCAAAAACGUAAGUCGUCAAUCUCAUUUUUUUUUGGGAAAACUGUUUUUAAUGUCGGAAUGUGAAGUUACAGAUGGUAGCACUUGAAAUUUGAACAGAAUGCCUGAAAAAUGUUUCCCGAAUCAACUGUGUCCUUUGUGAUGCAGGUCACAGAAGACGUAAAUUCACUCGAUUUUCAAUAGUUUUACUACUAAACGGUAGUUCAUUGCCACAAAAGAUUCUUCUUACACCAGGGCCACUAUUACAGAGGGGCUGUGAGGGCACAUACCCCUGAACCCACGGUCUUAGAGGGCCCUUCGGCAUGACCCACCGAGCAAAAAGAAAAGGUCAUUCACUUAGAUUAGGGAACACAAAUAAAUCUUGCUUCUGGACCCAUUAAUACGUAAAAGCGGCGCUGCUCUACACACAAACUCUUCGUAUUUUGUUCCAGCAAAAUGAUUUGCUUUAACUGAUUCACUGAAACAUUGUUUGCUGUAAUUUCAGGGCAUAUUCAGUAGUGUUCUAGUUCUAGAUGCAUAAUUUAUGUCAGUUACAAAAUUUAAAUCUGAAUUUUAUAACAAGUAAAACUGGCAGCCCCACACUCUCAUUGAACAUAAUUCAAAAUUGAGUAACACUUCACUCAAAUUCAUAAAAAGUGCACGUACUCUAAACUUGAGUUACCACCUAUCUACUCAUUUUUGCGUUAAGGGACGAAAUUGUCAAAACUUAAGUAAAGAAAAAAAAUAUUUUGUUCAAAAUAUGAGUAAGUUCAACUCAAAAUUUGAGUUCCUUGCUCUCAAAAUGAAGAAAUUUUUCUUCGUAAAUUUUCAUAUACAAAGUUAUUCUUCUUUCUUUUGAAUGCGCAAAAUAGUGAUUCGAACCCGGUUUCUUUUGAACGGUUUGGAGUAAAAAUUGAAUUAUUUUGAUAUUCUUAUGUCUUACAAUCCAGUUGUCGUAUGUUCUAGCCCCGACCUGGAAGGAUUCUUAGUGUCAGUAGGAUCCAUAGUACUAGCCAUGCAAUGAUUAUGUACACUAAGAAUCGGCUGCGAAGUCUGUUGAAACAGAAAGGCCAAAUUCCACGAAAGGAAUGUAAUGCCAAGACUUUGCUUUUAUGUUGCGCUUUUCACUAAGCAUAAUUGAAACCACAAAACAUCUAUGAUUGACGUUGAUUCAUGUUUUAGAAACGGCAAUGGAAAACGACGUAUUCUUACAUUCUUUAUUUCGAUAAGAAUAUUCCGAGAAUGAAAACGCACUGAACUGCAAGAAGUAUUUUUUUCACUCAAAUGUUUAAAACUCAACGCUUACUCUAAUGUAUGAAUAAAUGCGAGAGAACUCAUGGCAACGAGUUUAUUUUACUCAAAUCCAUACUCAAAUUUUGACAUAUUGUUCCAGUUUAUGCAUUUGAGUAAUCGCAACUCAAACCAUGAGUUAUGUUGAAAGAGCGUGCAGCAGUGUUUUACUCGUGUUUCAAAUACUCAAAAAAUAGCACGCCAUCGUAGACCAGUUUUAAAUUUGACAGAAUAACUGGUCGAAUAAAUAAUACUAGAACGGCUUGCUGGGGAUACAUUGGUUCCAGUUUCUGCUCUAUUAUUAGGUUUUGCACGAUGACGACACAAAUGAACUGUCGAUGAAUCAAAUUCAUUUUUGACAGUUGCUGUGUGUUUGUUUUCUUUUGCGACUGCAAAUUAAAAGUUGAAAAAUGACGAAAAAGUGCCUGUUAAAAACGUGUACAACAGUGAAAAGACCUAAAAAGAGCGAUAUUUGUAUAAAUCUGUUUAGUGUGAGGCGAUUUACCAUUUUUACAUUCAAACGAUGAACCUCUGAUGAACUUUUAAACUGUGAACAUAUACACGUUGACUGUCAAAAAAAGUGCAUUCUGUUUAUUUUGUGAGGUUAUGUCAUGUUCGUGCAAAACCUAAUAGAUCUUCCAUAUAGAACUUCUAGCUGUUGAAUUUGCUCUCAGUAAUAAUUAAUGUACUUUUGGGGUAAUUCUCGGGCAACUAUUUUGCACCUGUUUUUUUCUGAGUAGCAAGCGUGCAAACCAAAUUUUUAAAACCGUUUCAUUGAUUGAUUAUCAGGGUAAAACAAUAGCGGCCCUUACACGAGUCAUUAAAAAUGUCAUUACUAAAAAAUAAUAUCAUUUUAAUGAACGUGUAAUGGUGCACUAAUGACGAGAUUUCUAACAAAUUUGAAGUAUAUCAUUAGUUAUUCAUCAUUUAAAAUGACAUUUUUAAUACUCGUGUAAGGGCCGCUAAUGGCAUCGAGUGAGUGGAAUCAGUAAUCAGUAAUCAAUAAAAAUGACGUAAAUAAUUCUCGUGUAAGAGUCGCUUAAGUUCUCUGGGUCGAGAUUACUGAGCAUUUCUAAUGUUUUGAGUAAUUUUAGCUUUCUUUUUCUUUCUUAUUAAUUUUCUGGAACGAAGCUCGAAGCAGCCAAAAUAAGGGAAAAAAACAUUGUGAUCCCUUUGGGACCAAUUCUAACUCAGCGUUUUGUAUCUACUAAGAGCAAAUUCAGCAGCUGGAAGUUCUAUAAGGGAGAUCUAUAAUAGAACAGAUACUGGAACAAACGUAUCUCCAGCAAGCCGUUCUAGUUUUAUUUAUUCGAUCAGUUCUUCUGUCAAAUUUAAAACUGGUCUUCGAUGCCGUUCUAUUUUUUGUAUAUUUGAAACACAAGUAAAACACUGCUGGGGCUGCCAGUUUUUCUUGUAGUAAAGUCCAGAUUUAAAUUUUGUAGCUGGCAUAAAUUAUGCAUCUAGAACUAAAACACUACUGAAUAUGCCCUAACGUACGCAUUCAAAUUGAACUAAUGGUAACGGCUUUUCAAGUGAUUAGCCUGCUCCCUGGUUGAGAAUCCAUCUACACAUUGUUGUGAGCAGGGCUGCCGAGAGGGGGGAGUUAAGGGGGAAUGCCUCCGGGCCCGGCCUUUUUCAGGGGGUCCAGAAUUCGAAGAUUUAAAAGUAUUUAUUAAUCAAAUCAUAAAAAGAAAUAUCAGUUUGUUUCAUGGAGAGCUAAGGAGACUGCAUUGGCGAUUUAAACAUCGACUGUUUUCCUGAGAUUUUAAGUAAAACCCUAAGCUAUCAUGUUCUAUGUUUUUUUCGUAUUGCUGGUUCACCGUGGACCGAAAAAGUUGACCUUAUCUUUUGGAGGAAGACGAGAGGAUCUCGAACGGACGACUGGGUCCGGCCGUCCGACGAUGCGGGCAACCGUAAAGUGCCACAGAAGCCAAGAAUAAAGACCAAGUUCUCAAAGUGACCAGUCAAACAGCGAAAAAACUAUUGGAAUUUGAAAGCCCAUUGUUAUGCGGAAGAGUCUGUUUAUGCCGACCGUAUUUGUUCCAUUUCAAAAUUACAAAUGCAAUUAAAAAAGAUAGUUUGGAAUUUUUUUGUAUAGUUAUUCGGAAUAAGCCCAUAGGUUAUUUUGAAACCGUAUGUCUCUCGGUAAAAAUCUUCCAUUGCGCUUUGAAAUCGAAUAGUCUAAUAAUCUAAUAAUAGUCUAAUAAAUCAUCUAAUAAUGAAAACGACUCACUUAUAUCUAAACGAUUCAACGAUCCAAAAUUGACCGAUUGACUCAGCUCCUGUGUUAGUUUCAAACUGCGAACCAUCAUAACCUCUAAGUAAGUUUUCCUUGUUCUCACAAAUACUUUUUUUCACAACAGUGCUGGAAGCAUCGACCAAAAUUGUUGCAGGAAGUGAGGAGUAAUGUCUAUAAUGAUUUGCAUGUGACACUGUAUAAACAUAAUCCUUAUAGGUAAUCUUUCGCAAGAAAAGUAAAACAAUAAAGCAAUAAACGAUAGUAUUAUGAAUACCAAUUACUAGUGAUACGGUAAGCCCAAGUUGCAUAAGUUUCCUAGAAAUUCCCAAUACCAAGUUUAAAGUAGUGAUUCCAAAAAAAAAGAGAAAAAAACAGUAAAAUAAAUAGUUUUCAUGCGUAGCAUCUGAACUACAUCAUCAAUUGGACUGUAAUUUAUGGUGGUAAUUACCAAAGCUUCCUCGAUGGUAUGAUUGUCUGGCUUCUGUCGCCCAUAAUCCCAACACUUUUCCCAUACAGUAAUGUAAACAUAUCACCAAAAACACAUUUUACAUGUUCAUUUCCCUCAACGUUUACAUUUGAAGAAAUAAACAACCAUGCCAAUUCAGUUAUAGACAUUUGCAAAACAGCACAAAAUAUCAUAACUUGUAGAUUUGUUCCAUCGGAAAAAAAAGAAUUAUGGACAGCAAAACAACAAAAAAAAUACAAACUUUGUGAUAUAAUUGUAAAAUAAUUGAAUAGCUCGAAAUAUUUGACAUGCCCUAAUUAUCUCUAUUCCAUAACAUACACGAGUUCUGAUUUUAAACACGUAUUCCAAGCAUUUCAUUUUUAAGAACUUUUCCGCUGGAUUUAAUUAGGAUUAGGUAAUUUAUUUAAGAGAAUUUUUAGGAAAAGGUCAUCGGUAGAUAUAGGGUUUAACUGGCAAACAAUGUUAUUCCGUCGGGAAAGUUCUUAAAACUGAAGAUAAAUUGAAUGGAACUAAUUUUACGUCUGAAAACAAUUCUUUUCAAUUCAAAUAACCAAUAAAUGGUUUAGGAGUUCUAAGAGUUAAGAAUCUCAGCAUGAAACUGUCUCUGUAAAUUAACAAAAAAAAACGAACAAAAGAAUCAAAAUGCUGCUUGAAUACAUUAUAACUGCAAGCGGGGUCCGCUAAACAUUAGUGAUAAAGAAUGUGUGAUGGUUUGACAUAUUUCCAGUAGUUCCAUUCAAUAGGACUAGCUUAGAAUGAAACAUGUUUCUCCGAAUUGGUUGGAAAUUCGAACAAUCGAACUGCAAAUCUUUCUAUUGGUCAAUGAUUAGUAACCGCAGAUAAGGAAGAAAAGUUCGAAGACAACAUUUAUUAGUUAUUCUACCACAGCUAAGUACAAGGCUAAUUAUUAAAAUAAAGGUAGAGCGUUUGAUCCAUCACUGCUCCCAUGUAGUCAUUAGUCACGCAAGGAUGAAGAAAUAUUCCAUUGAAUACCAAGUAAAAAUCUCUUUACCUUAGGAAACAAAUACAGAAAUAAAUUCUUUUUGCAAUAAAAUCAAA